AUGAUGGCGGCGAACAGUAGGACUCGUCCCGCUCAACAUAAAAAUAUAACUUCGAUAUUUUCAAAACUUCAUGGAGCCUUUGCCGAGGCAAUGGCUCCGCCAAAAGUAGCAACAGAUAAAAGAACAUUAGAUAAAACGUGGAAACUAAUGGAUAAAGUAGUUAAAUUAUGUCAGCACCAAAAAAUGAAUUUAAAAAAUUCACCACCAUUUAUAUUGGAUAUAUUGCCAGACACUUAUCAAAGACUGAGAUUAAUUUAUACAAAAUACGAAGAUAAAAUGACUGUUUUACAUAGCAAUGAACACUUUAAUGUAUUUAUCGUUAAUUUAAUGAGAAAGUGCAAGCAAGCUAUUAAACUAUUUAAAGAAGGAAAGGAAAAAAUGUUUGAUGAAAAUUCACAUUAUAGAAGAAAUUUGACUAAAUUAAGUUUAGUUUUUAGUCAUAUGCUUAGCGAGCUUAAAGCAAUUUUUCCCAAUGGGCUUUUCGCUGGUGAUCAAUUUAGAAUCACUAAAAGUGAUGCAGCUGAAUUUUGGAAAAGUAAUUUCGGCAACAGCACUUUAGUUCCUUGGAAAGUAUUUAGACAAUAUUUGAAUGAAGUUCAUCCGAUAUCAUCAGGUCUCCAGGCCAUGGCACUCAAAUCGACUAUCGAUCUGUCGUGUAACGAUUACAUUUCAAAUUUUGAAUUUGACGUUUUUACAAGACUGUUUCAACCGUGGACGACGCUGCUAAGGAAUUGGCAAAUAUUAGCCGUGACGCAUCCCGGUUACGUGGCUUUUCUCACCUACGACGAAGUCAAAGCGAGAUUGCAAAAAUACAUAAACAAACCUGGAAGCUACGUGUUUCGACUGAGUUGCACUAGGCUCGGACAGUGGGCCAUAGGUUACGUCACGCAAGAUGGAGACAUACUCCAGACGAUACCGCAAAACAAAUCCCUGUGUCAGGCUCUGCUAGACGGAUACAGAGAAGGAUUUUAUCUUUUUCCGGAUGGGAGAAACGUGAAUCCGGAUUUGUCGUGGGCCGUUCAACCGACUCCAGAGGAUCAUAUCAAAGUGACGCAAGAGCAAUACGAAUUAUAUUGCGAAAUGGGAUCCACAUUCCAAUUGUGUAAAAUCUGCGCGGAAAACGACAAAGAUAUUAGGAUAGAACCAUGCGGACAUUUACUUUGCACACCGUGUUUAACCUCGUGGCAGGUAGAAGAUUCGGAAGGUCAAGGUUGUCCGUUUUGCCGAGCCGAAAUAAAAGGAACGGAACAAAUAGUCGUGGAUCCGUUCGAUCCGAAGAGGCAACAUCGAGCCGGAUCGGGAGCGGCGAACGCUUUGGUAGAUCUCGACGAUGACGAAGAGGUAUCGGACACGUCCGAAUGUCACUGA